CCAUGGCGGAAGGCCUGGAGUCGCUGGAGUCAUGCUUGGAGCAGUACAUCCCGCCCGAGGACCUCGCCGAGGUGAAGCGGAUCCUCUACGGGGGCGAGGCAAGAAAACUUGAUUUGCCAGCUGCUGCUCUAUCAGCAGCUCAGGAAAGAGAUUUUGAACUACAGGGCUAUGGAUUUGAAGCUGCUCCAGAGCAAUUGAGACGGCCACGUAUUGUUCGAGUAGGACUGGUACAAAAUAAAAUUCCACUUCCCACAGAAACAGCUGUGGCAGUCCAGGUGGCUGCACUGCACAGACGAAUUGAGGAGAUUGUGGAAGUAGCUGCAGUAUGUGGCGUCAACAUAGUUUGUUUCCAGGAGGCUUGGACCAUGCCCUUUGCUUUUUGUACAAGAGAGAAGCUUCCUUGGACUGAAUUUGCUGAGUCAGCAGAGGAUGGGCCAACAACAAAAUUCUGUCAAGAGCUGGCAAAGAAAUACAAUAUGGUUGUGGUAUCUCCAAUCCUGGAGCGAGAUGAAAUACAUGGGGGAACUCUGUGGAAUGCUGCAGUGGUCAUUUCUAAUUCUGGAGCUGUCCUUGGCAAAAGUAGGAAAAAUCACAUUCCGAGGGUUGGAGAUUUCAAUGAGUCUACUUACUAUAUGGAAGGAAAUACAGGACACCCAGUGUUUCAGACACAGUUUGGAACAAUUGCUGUGAAUAUCUGCUAUGGGCGCCAUCACCCUCUGAACUGGCUCAUGUUUAGUAUGAAUGGAGCAGAGAUCAUCUUUAACCCUUCAGCCACUAUUGGAUCGCUCAGCGAGUCACUGUGGCCAAUUGAAGCAAGAAAUGCUGCCAUCGCGAAUCACUGCUUUACAUGUCCCAUCAACAGGGUAGGAACGGAAUACUACAAAAAUGCCUUUACUUCUGGAGAUGGUGGAAAAGCACACCAUGACUUGGGCCAUUUUUAUGGCUCAAGUUAUGUAGCUGCACCAGAUGGCAGUCGGACCCCAGGACUCUCUCGCACUCAGGAUGGACUUCUGGUGGUAGAGAUGGAUCUAAAUCUUUGCAGGCAAGUCAGUGACAAAUGGAAUUUUAAGAUGACUGGUAGAUAUGAAAUGUAUGCAGACAAGCUCACCGAAGCAGUCCAGCCUUAUUUUAUACCCAAUAUAAUCAAAGAGUAAGAGAGACCAUCUCAUUAAAAUUAAAUGUUACAUAACAAAUUAAAAGGUACUGUUGGAUGACAGCUUUACUGUGGAUUGCAAGUUGUUAUUUUAAUGUUGUCAUUUUAAUUUCCUGUAACCAACUUUUAAAUAAUAGGAUUCAAAACUGUGUGAAGUAAAAUAAUU